AUGAUUUCAUCAUCUCAUCCACAGUUCGAUUCCAUCAACAAGGAAAGCAAAAAACAAGUUGCUUGUCGUAUCGUUGUCGGUGUUUGCAUCCUUGGUUGCUGUAUCUUUGCUGUCAUUGCUGCUGUCGUCUUGGCUGCAGUCUUCUUCCCAAGAAGUCCAAAUAUUGUUAGUCAACAAUUGUAUUUUACUCAAUUUUCAGUGGAUUUUUGUCCUGCUCAAAGUAAGAGCAAUAAUUCGGCAUGUUGUGUUGGAAGUUCGUGUACCUUUUCCUAUAAUAAUGCAACAUUGGGUAUUGCUUCGUAUUUUGUGGUGCGAGCUACGAAUGGUAACUUGUUUAAUAUAUCAUUGAAUGCAGUCAAGAUUGAAAUCAUGUAUGGAUCGGAAGUGAUCGGUUCGAGUGCUUCGGAGAGUUAUCCUGUUGGUCCACAAACUACUCAAGAUGUUAAUGUACCAAUUAUAUGGAAAUCUUCUCUGAGUAGUAAUGUAAUGAAAUCAAUCAUGUGCCAACUCACAGGUAAUAACAAUGCCUUACCUUAUACAUUCACGUUAAGUAUGGGUUCAGUGACUUACUUCCUCAAUACAUUUGCAUUCUCAAGUCAAACAGCAAGUCUUCAAGCUUCCAUAGAUGUUUGCUCAUCCAAUUGUAAAGUACAAUACUACUCUUCAAUGUGUCCAACCUAA